UCACGCCGUUGGACCCGACGGAAUCCAGCUCUGAACGACCGGGGCCGCGUUCGAUCCAAGGCUGAACGAUCGACGCGGUGCCAAAGACCCCUUGGCGCGUGCCGACGCCGCGCGACCCCGUUCGGAUGCUCCUCGGCGUCGCAGCGCGCCGCAGCCGAGCGGAUCCGCGAGCCGCGCGCGCCAUGUUCGCCCGGCGCGCGGCCCGCGGCGCCUCCCUGCUCCGAGCGCCGCGCCCCGCGCGCCGCGCCGCGGGCGGGCCGGGCGCCGCGCGGCACGGCCCCGGCCAGGGCGCCGAGGCCGAGGCCGCUCACGGCGGGUCCAGGUAUCUGAAGACGCUGGGGGCGAGCAUCUCCUUCGAGCUGGUUGUCGGGGGUGCCCUGGGCCUCGCGCUCCUCGACUACUGCCUGAGGUCGGGCGGCGAGACCGCGGAGUCGGAGGACGAGGUCCGGAAGAGGGACGCGGCUUGGCGGCAGCAGGCGGCGGCUCUGAGGGCGUUCUACGCGGCGCAGCCGGCCGGUGAGAAGGCACCCCCAGAGGAGGGCACGGACCUGGCCCGCUUCGUGUUCUCCAACCAGCGGCUGCACCGCAUGCCCCUGGGCCUGCCCGCGUGGAAGGCCCAGGAGCUGGAGUCCAUCGAGGGCUGGUCGUGGAGGAUCACACGAGCCCGUACGUGAGCGGCUGCUGGUGCCCGGAGCAGAUGGUCGAGUCGCAGGCGUCCCUGGGCCCGCGCCGCCCCGCAGGGCCGCUGGAAGAGCAGGCGGGGGACCGCUUCGCCACGAUGCUGGACCGCCGCCGUCCACGUCCGAUCAUCUGGGCCCUCUUCCAGCGCGUGGCCUGGAUCACCGGCGGCGAGUGACAGCGAGCGGUCCCUGAGCGGAGCCGCCGCGCGCUGUAGGCGCAGCGAGGCGCAGGGAGGCGCAGUGCGCAUCGUCCCUGCCGUCCUCGCCGUCCGCCCCUUCCUCUGCGUCCCCCCCCGCACUCCGCCAGGCCCCGCUCGUUCCUCGUUCGGCUC